AUGGAUUAAUGGGACAAGGAAGGUAACUCGAGUCAAAUAUCGAAUCAACUGAUCACACACGGAGUGGUUAUUUUCGAAGAUUAUAUCGAAUUUCCAGAAGGCCCCUGACAAGUUUGGAACUGCCUUAGUGAUGACCAUUGGAAGGAAAUGUAAAAGAAAGUUUGGAGUGAAAAAGCUGUUUGUGUUGACAAUACUAUGCUGUUUGGCUCUAUAUAUUGGAUCUGUAGUCCACAGAGCAAGAGGGUUUAGAGAGGUAUGGACUCCUACAGGAUUUGUAAAUGUUACAGAUGGACAUUGUGGUGUAAAAUGUGGGCAUGGUCAGAUUGGUUUCUAUGUGAAGACUGGGGUUGAAAUAAAAGAAGGACCUGUUAUAUGUUAUCAAAAUCAAAUAGUUGUAAGUGACAAACUUAAGAACUUUGACAGAGGAAUGAAUAUUGUUAUCAUAAAUGAUAAAACACUGGUGGUGGAGUAUGUUAAGACAUAUGAUACCUAUGUUGAUGAUUAUGAGUUCCAUAAAGACAUGAAAACAUUGGUCAAGGAAGGGCACAUUAUUAUACUGGCAAGCUAUGAUGAAAUAUCAGAGAAUCUGAGUGAAGAGGGUCACCGAUGGGUAAAGAUCUUUGGUAGCGAACUCAUUGAUCAGGUCAACUUUAGGGAUUCCUUCAUGCUGAUUGGACAAAAAGGCCUGAAACAGGGAUAUGCCAUUGAGUUUGCACAAAACAAAGGGGAGAAAUUAUAUAGUGAUGGUAUAGAGAAACAAGGGUGCUUUACACUGCCUUUGGGACCAGUUUUACCUGUUGAGGAAGUCAUGUACCAGCUUGUGUCUAGUAAAAUAGUCAAUGUUGGGAAACCUAUGGAAUAUUGUGGCCUGAAAACUGACUGCUCUGAUAGAGAGUUCUCUGUGAUGGUCAGCACUGGCUCAGAUAGUACCAAGCUACCAGAAAUAUGUGUCAGUGGAUAUAUGAUAAUGGAUAGUGAGGUAAACAAUGCUGGUCGAGGGAUGAAUGUUGUGGUUGUAGAUCAUCAUACUGGAAAAGCAAAGUCAGUCACAAGAUUUGAUACUUAUGAAAAAGAUAGUCUAAACCUGGAGUUACAUCUAGAAAGUAUGAUGGCAGGUGAUAUUGUUAUAGCAGUAGCAUUUGAUGAUGCAUCCAGAAAACUGAAUUUUCAUACUAGAGAGAUUCUAAAUGAAUUAGGCAGUAGUAUGGCACAGAAUAUUAAGUUCCGAGAUGUCUGGUACUUUGUAGGGCAGAAAGGCAUUAAAGGAUUCACCAACAUGGAAAAGAUAAGUUAUGCUGGGAUGGAUGCUGAGUGGCCAACACCUAUCUUAGAUGCCUUCUGUGUGCCAAGUAAAAUUGAAGGCAGUGAUAUGAUACCUGAUCCUCCAGCCAACAGAAAUGAUGUUCGCAGAGAAUUCUGUAAGAAAUAUGAUGGAUAUGGAGAAUUUUGUCACCCUGAACAUGUAGAUAAUCCAUUUUUACAACCAGCAGAACUGACAGAUGAACAUUUGAAGGAAAACCUUGUAUAUUCCUCACCUAUUGUUAUAAUUCCAGGUUUGAACCACAAUGCUCUUGUGAGAACCAUGGAAACUACAGUGAUGCAGCAAGGAGUCAAGCUGGAAAAUAUCCUCGUGGCCUGGGAUGAAAAGUUUCCUGAACUAGCAGAACUGGCAAACAUGUUUGGAUUCCGAAAUGUCAGUUUAGACAGCAGUGUGGUAUAUACAGAUCAGAUGAUAAAAGCUUUAGAAAAAGCAGCCAGUAUUUUCCCCACUGCUAAGUACAUGAUAGUUAUAGAAGAGGAGUUAGUGUUGUCUCCUGACUUCCUAUACUUCCUGGCAAAGUGUACAUCUGCAUUGGAAAAAGACCAUUCUCUACUGGGAGUUUCAGCUUUCAACUUUAAUGGUUUUGUGGAGACAUCUAGUAACAAGUCAUUAGUGUAUAGGGUAGAAGAUUUUCCAGGCCUGGCUUUCAUGAUAAAAAUGACUGCAUAUACAGAGAGAAUGAAGGGAGGUCUCAAAUCGUGCUGCAAUGAGAGAGCAUGGUAUGGAUGGUCACUGCCAAUGUACAAUCAGUCUCAUGCUGGGUACAUGUUGGUUCCCGACGUGUCACGGGUCUAUAGGUAUCCUUACCAAGGAUUUAAUUCUGAUGAAGACUACCUUGUCAGCCUCUUCAACAAACCAAGGGAGACAAAUCUGGAUAAGGACCCUACAUUACAUGGUGUAGAGGAGCUUACAGGGUCCAAGUAUGACUCAGUGAUAAAGAAGUUUAUAUCAACAGCAUCACAUUUAAAUCACAGAGAUGUAAAGAACUGCUCUUCAAAUAAUACUCCUAUAAAACUACCUGAAUCUAGAAGGAAUUUUCAACUGUUCUAUAACCAAACAAAACCAACAGAUUAUUCAGUGCUGCUGAAGCUGAGGAGUUGUUUUCAUUUACUAGUGACAGUCAAUCAUGCACCUAAACACUUGUAUAAAGGUGUUCUAAGGUUUACAUACACGGGGAACAAUAUAAUGCUUAUUGGAUCAAGCUCAGACUUUGCUGCAUUGAAACCAACCGAAAUACAGUAUUACAACUUCAGAUGAUUCCAGAACAUUAAGAGUGAUAUCUUUUAUUUUCAGUGUGUUUGAAUAAUAUUCUGUGAUUGUGAUGUGCAGGGAGGGAAAUGACAAGUACUAUUCUGAAGCUUCAGUAUCACUACUGUGAAAUCUCAAAGAGCUAUAAAAAUAAAUAGAUUGGCAACUUGAAAGGCAUAUAGAGCAAAUCUCGCCAACCUCCCAUGACAAAAAAACGAGAUCUCGUUUACCGGAAGUGGCGCUUUCUCCACGCGCCAUUUUGUAUGCGAAAGCAAUUAUUCAUCGGUAAAAUAAUUAUCACCGUAUGACCAUGCUUCUUUUGAUGGCAAAAAAAAACGUGUACUUCAUGUCUUAAGACCAUUUCACAUUAAACUAAUUUUGUUUUAGAAGCUAACAUGUAUUUUAAAUGUAGUUUUAAAGGCACAAAUUGUAACUCCAUGCUUGCCGAUGUUUGUUUUUAGUAAGAUAACGCCGAAUCACGCUCUGACACGAGCUCACGCGAGAUUACAGCCAGUUGCCAUUCUGUGUAUUUUAUACUUCUUUGGAAAUCUGUAGUAUUUCUGAGGGACUCAUUUUCAUGGUUGUUUCAAUCCAUGACAUAAAAUUCCAGUGUACAAGUAAAAUUAUGUCUCCCACCAUACAGUGGUGUGGGAGACAUAUUGAUUUACUCCAGUCUGUCUGUCUGUGUGUCUGUCACAAAGCUUGUCCGCACUCUAAGUCGAACAUUUCUCAUCCGAUCGUCACCAAACUUGAACAAAAUGGGCUUGACCAUAAGACCUGGGCCAAGUUCUAUAACUAGCCAAAUCCGCCCAGGCGCUUUUGAAUUAUGGCCCUUGAAUUACUGAUUGGGUCCAUUCAUCAAAGCCAUCAAGAGAAACUAGAAAUUUUUCAAUGGGGUCCACUCAUCAAAGCCAUCGAGAGAAACUAGAAAUUUUUCAAUAGGGUCCAUUCAUCACAGUCAUCGAGAGAAACUAGAAAUUUUUCAAUGGGGUCCGCUCAUCAAAGCCAUCGAGAGAAACUAGACAUUUUUCAAUGUAAUGGGGUCCACUCAUCAAAGCCAUCGAGAGAAACUAGACAUUUAUCUAUGGGGCAGUUGUGGGAGACAUGCGCUUUUCUCAAAAGCAUCUCUAGUUAUGACUCAUUUUAUAUUCAAAGUUGAAAUCCACAAAUUCAUACCUGCACAAAAUAGCCAUUUUUAUCCCAAAUAGCAGACAGCUUAGAUACAGAAAAUGCAAGUUUGGCACUUUAGUGGUAGUUUUUUGCUCACUUGUGCACAAAGUACUCAAGGUGAGCUGUUAUGAUCACUCUGUGUCCAUUGUCCCUUGUUAACAGUUUAACUGUUUACACUCGAGUACAUAGUUUGAAUCUGAAAAUAAUCUCAGAUGGUUUAUUUGGGUGCAAAAUCAAGGUCACUAUCUCAGAUCAUGAAACAACUUUGUUUACAGUCUAUAGGAAGUAUUUUCUUGUUUUGAUCUGUAUGAAGCAUGUUCAGAAUGUUUGUCUUUCUAAAAUCUAGAUGAAGGCUGAAUCUAGAUCAUCUGAGGUCAAAAACUAGGUCAUAAGAUCAAAUCAUAGAAUAACCUGUUUAACACUUUAGAUGCUUAUUUUUCUACUUAAUCUACAUAGAACCUUGUCAGAAUGUUUGCCUUAAUGAAGUCUAGGUCAGUUAUGAAACUGGGUCAAAAACUAGGGACAAAAUGGUCAUGUCAUAGAAAAUCCUUUUUUUACAUUCUAGAGGCCAUAUUUUAUUGUCUUUAUGAAAUCUAGUUUAGGUUGAAACUUGAUCAUUUGGAGAUCUAAAACUGGGUCACUGGGUCACAUGCUCAAAAAAUGCUUAUAUUUUCUACUUAAUCUGUCUGAAACAUGGUCAGAAUGUUUGUUUGUGUGACAUCUUAGAUUAAAUAUAAAGCUAGGUGACAUAGAAACUUGGUCACACUUUUGAAAACUUGCAAUCAGGAUAGAGGUCACAAUUUUUACCUUUCCCUUAAUUAAUACAAUGACAAACUUGGUCACUAGGUCAGAUAAUAGAAAAAGAAAAUCAGAAAUCGCAUUUUUGAAUAGAUCUUAUGGAACUUUUUUCUCCAUCUAGUUUUAUACUAAAUACAGUUGAUACCUUCCAUGAUACAGUUUGUCAUGAAACAUAAGCAAGGUCGAACAGUCAGGGUCAGGUGAGCAAUUUGGCAUCACAGCCUUCUUGUUUAUACUUUACUUACUGCAACCUCCAAACAGUGUCCUCAACAGAUGUUUUGAGAUGUUUGUGCUAUUAAAGAUAAUGUGCCAAAUUACUGCCUAUGCUCAUAUAAAGCUUCAUAUUUACGUCCAGUGUUUCAAAAUUUAGGAAACAUAAAUUUUAUCAGUAAUGAAAAUGAAAAACAAAGUGAUGAGGUGAUUAUUUAUCUACAAAAGGAAAACUUCUUUUUGUUGUAAAACCAGAAAAAAAACUAUCUACUAGUGUUAGUCCCACACUAAAAUGCAGUGUAAAAUCAAAGGAAUUUAGUUGUACAUAUUAUGAUAAUUAAUAUUAAUUUAUGAACUUUUUUAUGUUUUAUAGACAUAGCUAUUUGUAUUAAAAAGUAUGUAUUUGUGAUGUACAUUUGAAGGCAAUUAUUCAGGGUACAGUAGGACAUAAAUGAAAGUUUGAGGCAGAUCAAAAUUUAUGGACCUCUAUUAACAUUCAUUUUAAACCUAUAAUAUGUUUCAGCAAUACUCCAUCUCAACCACUCUCAUCUCAUGGAAACUCGUGGAAACUUUUUUCCAAAUAAGAAAUCCAGUUCUAAGAAUAGAGGCUAAAUAUAGCUUCUAACAUAUAUUUAAUAAACAUAAAUUUUACAAGGAUUGCAGGUAAAGUAGACUUACCUUUGUUUUUAUAUGAACUAGAGUAUAUAAGGAGAUAUUCAUUGGAUGAAUUUGGCACACUACAAGAAGGGAUAGAAAUGACACAGAGAUGAUCACUGAUUAAUUUAUUAUAGUAUUCCAGUCUCCUCAAACAAAAUGUAUUUAUCAGUAUUACACUUGUUUUAAAAUGGAAAAAAGCCUGAAAAGUAAAUUUGGAUUGCUAGUCUGUUGUCUGCCUAGUCUCAAGUGUUAAUAUUGACACUGCUGUGUUAUAUAAAUUAUAUAUUGUGUAGUAUUUUAUAUUUUUUCAUGAAAACUUGUUUAUUAUAGUAAAUACUUUUUAGCUCACCUGUCACAAAGUGACAAGGUGAGCUUUUGUGAUCGCGCGGUGUCCGUCGUCCGUCAGUGCGUGCAUCCAUAAACUUUUGCUUGUGACCACUCUAGAGGUCACAUUUUUCAUGGGAUCUUUAUGAAAGUUGGUCAGAAUGUUCAUCUUGAUGAUAUCUAGAUUAAGUUCGAAACUGGAUCAAAUGCCAUCAAAAACUAGGUCAGUAGGUCUAAAAAUAGAAAAACCUUGUGACCUCUCUAGAGGCCAUAUAUUUCACAAGAUCUUCAUGAAAAUUGGUCAGAAUGUUUACCUUGAUGAUAUCUAGGUCAUGUUCGAAACUGGGUCACAUGCCAUCAAAAACUAGGUCAGUAGGUCUAAAAAUAGAAAAACCUUGUGACCUCUCUAGAGGCCAUAUAUUUCACAAGAUCUUCAUGAAAAUUGGUCAGAACGUUCACCUUGAUGAUAUCUAGGUCAGUUUCGAAACUGGGCCACGUGCCAUUUAAAACUAGGUCAGUAGGUCAAAUAAUAGAAAAACCUUGUGACCUCUCUAAAGGCCAUAUUUUUCAUGGGAUCUGUAUGAAAGUUGGUCUGAAAGUUCAUCUUGAUGAUAUCUAGGCCAAGUUCGAAACUGGGUCAUGUGCGGUCAAAAACUAGGUCAGUAGGUCUAAAAAUAGAAAAACCUUGUGACCUCUCUAGAGGCCAUAUAUUUCAUGAGAUCUUCAUGAAAAUUGGUCAGAAUGUUCACCUUGAUGAUAUCUAGGUCAAGUUCGAAAGUGGGGCACGUGCCAUCUAAAACUAGGUCAGUAGGUCAAAUAAUAGAAAAACCUUGUGACCUCUCUAAAGGCCAUAUUUUUCAUGGGAUCUGUAUGAAAAUUGGUCUGAAUGUUCAUCUUGAUGAUAUCUAGGUCAAGUUCGAAACAGGGUCAUGUGCGGUCAAAAACUAGGUCAGUAGGUCUAAAAAUAGAAAAACCUUGUGACCUCUCUAGAGGCCAUACUUGUGAAUUGAUCUCUUUAAAAAUUGGUCAGAAUGUUCACCUUGAUGAUAUCUAUGCCAAAUUUGAAACUGGGUCACGUGCCUUCAAAAACUAGGUCAGUAGGUCAAAUAAUAGAAAAACCUUACGACCUCUCUAGAGACCAUAUUUUUCAAUGGAUCUUCAUGAAAAUUGGUCAGAAUUUUUAUCUUGAUAAUAUCUAGGUCAAGUUCAAAACUGGGUGAAAGUUGGUCUGAAUGUUCAUCUUGAUGAUAUCUAGGUCGAGUUUGAAACUGGGUCAACUGCGUUCAAAAACUAGGUCAGUAGGUCUAAAAUUAUUAAAAUCUUUUGACCUCUCUAGAGGCCAUAUUUUUCAAUGGAUCUUCAUGAAAAUUGAUCUGAAUGUUCACCUUGAUGAAAUCUAGGUCAGGUUCGAAACUGGGUCACGUACGGUCAAAAACUAGGCCAGUAGGUAUAAAAAUAGAAAAACCUUGUGACCUCUCUAGAGGCCAUAUUUUUCAUGAGAUCUUCAUGAAAAUUAGUGAGAAUGUUCAUCUUGAUGAUUUCUAGGUAAAGUUCAAAACAGGGUCACGUACCUUCGAAAACUAGGUCAAAAUAGGUCAAAUAAUAGAAAAACCUUACAACCUCUCUAGAGACCAUAUUUUUCAAUGGAUCUUCAUGAAAAUUGGUCAGAAUUUUUAUCUUGAUAAUAUCUAGGUCAAGUUCAAAACUGGGUCACAUGAGCUCAAAAACUAGGUCACUAUGUCAAAUAAUAGAAAAAACGACGUCAUACUCAAAACUGGGUCAUGUGGGAAGAGGUGAGCGAUUCAGGACCAUCAUGGUCCUCUUGUAUUGUUUAUUAUUUUAUAGCAUAUCAUUAUGUAAAUAAGUUUCACACAAGUCAGAGUGAUGCAUGUUUGAUGAAUGGAUGAUAUUUAUAUACAUAAAAAGGUAAAUGUAAGACUGUAUAGAUUUGCCAUUCUCAAAAGUUCAGUGUUCAUCUUCUCAUUGUGGAAGUAAUUCUGACUUAUAUAGAUGAACCACAUUCAGUCAGACAUAAUUGGAAUGUUCCUUGGGUAGACCUCUUGCAAGUUCAUUCAAAAAUAGGCCAUCUAUGCAAAAUCCUGUUUGCCAUGGAAAACAAAAAGAUAUACAAAAUCAGUCUUCCCCAAAGCUACUGACUGGAUUUCAAAAUGAUUUCCCAGCAAUGGUGACCCACUACCAAAUUCCUUGAAGUCAUGUUAAAUUUUUAAAAAGCAUGGCCCACGGGAAAGACCUUAUUUGUUUUAUGUUUGUGUAGAAAGAACUUUCAGUAGACCAUAAUAUUCUGUGUUUUAAACCUUUGUGUUUUUUCAGUAUGUGCAAUAAAAUGAAUGUUCGAGAGCAAUAAUUCUGUGUUGAGAUCCUUAUGUAUAUAAGUGUGUUUGAAGGAAUUGUUGAUGUUGUUCUAGCCCUGUGUUAUUUUGAUAUAUGCAAAGGAAGGAAUGUUAGGAAGCCACAAUUUUCUGUGUUACGCCUCUUUAUUGUUGUCUAUGUAUGUAAAAGAAGGAAUUUUUGAAGGGACCCAGUGUGUACACAGACCUAGAAAAGUCAUGGAAAUUGAGGCUAGUCCUUGAAAACUCCAUGAAAAAUUACUACAACCCUAUGUACAGAUUUUGCCGCGGUUUACCCAAUUCAGUUUCUACUAGAAUACCAUUUUUGAAAAAAGUUUAUAAAAGUUACUGAAACUUAGAUUGUAAAAGUGAAAAAUGGUGGUUGAAAAGUCCAAGAAAGUACUCAUUUUUUUGGAUGUUCUGCAUGAAUAAUUGGAUCAUAGUUCUCAGUGUUAUGGUCCUUUAUCAUACCCUAGUAACAAAAUAGAUAGAGACUAUUGUAGGAGUCGUGCAUAUUUGUCUGUCUCUAAUUCCUCUUGACAGGUAUGUCUCUGAAACCGUUUUCCUGUAUUUUUUGCUUAUACGCUUACACAUAUUCAUUUCAUAGAACAACAGGAAUUAUGCAUGUCACUAGGUCCAAGGAUUUUAUUAAGCUAACAACACAUAUAACCUCUUCAGGACAAAAUGCAUGGUACACAGUCUAGGACCCUGUGUUCAAAGUCAAGGUCUAACUGGGAGGUCAGAUUUCAAACAGUUUGAUAGCUUUAAAAUUGUUCACUAUCAUAAAAUAAUGAGAAUCAUGCAUGACCCAGGCCACUUGGUCCAAGGUCUAGAUCACACUUUGAUGUCAGAUGUAAAAUAACUUUACUUUUUGUGGCCAUUCCAUGUCUUCUUAACCAAAUUUGUGUCUGCAUAUAUUGAAAGUAUUUGAACCAGAGUCAUCAAACCUCACAGGACUGCCAUUCAGCGUGUUAAUUUGUUCACCUGUUGUUUUAAUAGAGAUUUCAGCAGGUGAGUUAUGGAUGGCCUUUGACUAAGUAAAAAAUAGUCAUGGAAAGAGCCCUGUCACAUGUAUCUCGAAAUGUAUUUGACUUGAAUGUAUGAAAUAUUGUUAAAAUCUACAUUGUUGAAAAAUUCUGGUCAAGAUGUAUUCGAAAUUGUGAUAUGCUAAUAGAAUCCCAUUAUGAAAAUUUGCAUGAGGUCCAAAUUGUUCUGAUAUUGUUGCAAAAAAUCAAGGACCCUAACUUUUUUAUUUGCCAGAUUUGCUUAUUAUGUUCAGAAGCUAUGAAAAAUCAUGAUCUUAGUAAAUUUAGUGUGUAAAGAAUUGACCUGAAUGUGCAAAACUACCUUAAAGUACUUACGCACAAUUGUGGAAAGGAAAUAUUAAACUACAUGUACCUCUGUUUUGAUUUUUAUCUCCUCAGAGCACAAAAUGCUUAGGGUGAGCUAUUGUCACCGUCCGUCCGCCCACCGUCCGUCUGCCCACACUCCCGUUUAAACAACAUUUCCUCCUAAACCACCAGGCCAAUUUUGAUGUAACGUAACAGGGUUGUUCCUUGGAUGGUCUUCUUUAAAAAUUGUUCAGAUAAUUUUAUUCCAUACAGAACUCUGAUUGCCAUGGCAACCAAAGGAAAACCUUUAGUAAUAAGUAACUUUACUUAGAAUACUUAGUCAUAUUAGGUGAAAAACUGUUUCCACAAACUGUUGGGUGUCGUAACGUUUGACAGUGAUUGGUACUAACAGGGUUAUACUACCAUAAUGAUGUUAUUUAGUUAAAAGGAAAGUAUGGUCUCUUGCUGGAACUGCUUUUAAAAGCAUAGGUACUUAUUUGAAAACUCGUAGUAUUAUCCGUUGCUGAGCAACAUGUUUUGUUGUCUUGCCAUGUAAAUGCAUGUUUUCGUUUUUUUUUAUAUAUGUUCUUUUAUGCAGUUGAAAAGAUAUGUAUAUGUUAACCGAAUUAUUGUUAAUUCAUCUAAAUUAAUUGUAAAGAUACAUGUAUAUUAUAAACAUAUUUUAUUUAAAUUUUGAAUAUUUAUAUGGAAUUAAAAUUUAUUGAAUAAAA